CACUCCGGCCAGGCCAGUGGCCUUGGGAAGAGUCUGGACAAGGGGGUGGGAGGUCUGGGCAUCCUGGGGCCACACUUCCGGGCAGGGAGGGUCCGCCCAGGCUUGAAGAGAAAGCAGGACCAGACCCACAGACAGCGCUGGAGAUUCGGCUCUGUGGGCUUCAGGACCCCCGGCUCGCGGAAUCUUCCUCGGUGGUCCGCGGAUGCUCGCACGCAGCCGAAGGGCGGCGCGGCCCUCGCGGCUCAGCCACUCCCCCCACGCCAAGGCCUAGGACUCCCCACACCCCCCGCACAGCCCCCAGGGCCCCCGCCCUGUGGGGCGGCCCAGGCCCUCCGCACGAACCCUUCCACCUCACCCCGGGACCCGUACAGUCCCCUCGCCCCCAGCCCUCGCCUGGCCCUGAGCCCUCCCGGCCCCCGCCUCCGGCGCAGCCCCCUUGCCACCCCCGCUUCCCUCCCGGCUCAGGCCCCCUCCCCCCGCCGCCCCCGCCCCCGGGGAAGGCAGGCGCCGAGCUGAGCCGGGUCGAUGCAGCUGAGCCGCGCCGCCGCCGCCGCCGCCGCCCCUGCGGAGCCCUCGGCGCAGCUGUCCCCCGCGCCGGCCCCGGCCCCGGCCCCCCCCGGCCCCCUCCCGCACAGCGCGGCCGACGGGGCUCCGGCGGGGGGGAAGGGGGGGCCGGGGCGCCGCGCGGAGCCCCAGUGCGCUCCGCUCCCGGCCGCGAGCCGCCCGGGCUCCGGCCCGGGCGCGGGCGCCGGCGCGGGGAUGGACGGCCCCGGGGCCAGCGCCGUGGUCGUGCGCGUCGGCAUCCCGGACCUGCAGCAGACGAAGUGUCUGCGCCUGGACCCGGCCGCGCCCGUGUGGGCCGCCAAGCAGCGCGUGCUCUGCGCCCUCAACCACAGCCUCCAGGACGCGCUCAACUACGGGCUCUUCCAGCCGCCCUCCCGGGGCCGCGCCGGCAAGUUCCUGGACGAGGAGCGGCUCUUGCAGGAGUACCCGCCCAACCUGGACACGCCCCUGCCCUACCUGGAGUUUCGAUACAAGAGGCGAGUUUAUGCCCAGAACCUCAUUGAUGAUAAGCAGUUUGCAAAGCUUCACACAAAGGCAAACCUGAAGAAGUUCAUGGAUUACGUCCAGCUGCACAGCACGGACAAGGUGGCCCGCCUACUGGACAAGGGGCUGGACCCCAAUUUCCACGAUCCUGACUCAGGAGAGUGUCCUCUGAGCCUUGCGGCCCAGCUGGACAAUGCCACGGACCUGCUGAAGGUGUUGAGGAAUGGCGGUGCUCACCUGGACUUCCGCACUCGAGAUGGGCUCACUGCAGUGCACUGCGCUGCGCGUCAGCGGAAUGCGGCAGCUUUGACGACCCUGCUGGACCUGGGCGCUUCACCCGACUACAAGGACAGCCGCGGCCUGACGCCCUUGUACCACAGUGCCCUGGGGGGCGGGGAUGCCCUCUGCUGUGAGCUGCUUCUUCAUGACCAUGCUCAGCUGGGGACCACGGAUGAGAAUGGCUGGCAGGAGAUCCACCAGGCCUGCCGCUUUGGGCAUGUGCAGCACCUGGAGCACCUGCUGUUCUACGGAGCUGACAUGGGGGCUCAGAAUGCCUCAGGGAACACAGCCCUGCACAUCUGUGCCCUUUAUAACCAGGAGAGCUGUGCUCGGGUCCUUCUAUUCCGUGGAGCUAACAAGGAUGUCCGCAAUUACAAUAGCCAAACAGCCUUCCAGGUGGCCAUCAUUGCAGGGAACUUUGAGCUUGCAGAAGUCAUCAAGACCCAUAAAGACUCGGAUGUUGUACCAUUCAGGGAAACCCCCAGUUAUGCAAAGCGGCGGCGGUUGGCUGGCCCCAGUGGCCUGGCCUCCCCUCGGCCCCUGCAGCGCUCAGCCAGUGACAUCAACCUGAAGGGUGAGGUGCAACCGGCAGCUUCUCCUGGACCCUCGCUGCGAAGCCUCCCCCAUCAGCUGCUCCUCCAGCGGCUGCAGGAGGAGAAAGACCGAGAUCGGGAUGGUGACCAAGAGAAUGACAUCGGUGGCCCCACAGCAGGCAGGGGCAGCCAGAGCAAGAUCAGCCCGAGCGGGCCCGGCGGCCCCGGCGGCCCGGGCCCCGCGCCCGGCCCCGGUCCGGCGCCCCCUGCGCCCCCCGCGCCGCCGCCCCGGGGCCCGAAGCGGAAACUUUACAGCGCCGUCCCCGGCCGCAAGUUCAUCGCCGUGAAGGCGCACAGCCCGCAGGGCGAGGGCGAGAUCCCGCUGCACCGCGGCGAGGCCGUGAAGGUGCUCAGCAUUGGGGAGGGCGGUUUCUGGGAGGGGACCGUGAAAGGCCGCACGGGCUGGUUCCCGGCCGACUGCGUGGAGGAGGUGCAGAUGAGACAGUAUGACACACGGCAUGAAACCCGGGAGGACCGGACGAAGCGCCUUUUCCGCCACUACACAGUGGGCUCCUAUGACAGUCUCACUUCACACAGUGAUUAUGUCAUUGACGACAAGGUGGCUGUCCUGCAGAAACGGGACCAUGAGGGCUUUGGUUUUGUGCUCCGGGGAGCCAAAGCAGAGACCCCCAUCGAGGAGUUUACACCCACACCAGCCUUCCCUGCGCUCCAGUAUCUUGAGUCGGUGGAUGUGGAGGGUGUGGCCUGGAGGGCCGGGCUGCGCACAGGAGACUUCCUCAUCGAGGUGAACGGGGUGAACGUGGUGAAGGUCGGGCACAAGCAGGUGGUGGCUCUGAUCCGCCAGGGCGGGAACCGCCUCGUCAUGAAGGUUGUGUCUGUGACAAGGAAGCCGGAAGAAGAUGGGGCUCGGCGCAGAGCCCCGCCGCCCCCCAAGAGGGCCCCCAGCACCACGCUGACCCUGCGCUCCAAGUCCAUGACGGCCGAACUUGAGGAACUUGAGAAACUGGAUGAGAUCCUGGCAGCCGCCGCGGAGCCUACACUGAGGCCAGACAUCGCAGAUGCCGACUCAAGAGCCGCCACGGUCAAACAGCGGCCCACAAGUCGGAGGAUCACCCCUGCUGAGAUCAGUUCUUUGUUUGAGCGCCAGGGCCUCCCAGGCCCAGAGAAGCUGCCCGGCUCCCUGCGGAAGGGGAUUCCACGGACCAAGUCUGUAGGGGAGGAUGAAAAGCUGGCGUCCCUGCUGGAGGGACGCUUCCCGAGGAGCACAUCAAUGCAAGAUCCAGUGCGCGAGGGCCGUGGCAUCCCGCCCCCGCCGCAGACCGCGCCGCCACCCCCCCCUGCUCCCUACUACUUCGACUCCGGGCCGCCCCCCGCCUUCUCGCCGCCGCCCCCUCCAGGCCGCGCCUACGACACGGUGCGCUCCAGCUUCAAACCCGGCCUGGAAGCGCGCCUGGGCGCUGGGGCCGCAGGCCUGUAUGAUUCCGGCUCGCCCCUGGGUCCACUGCCCUACCCCGAGCGGCAGAAGCGUGCGCGUUCCAUGAUCAUCCUGCAGGAUUCUGCGCCAGAGGUGGGCGACGUCCCCCGGCCCCCUCCCGCAGCCACCCCACCAGAGCGUCCCAAGCGUCGGCCUCGGCCGCCGGGUCCCGACAGUCCCUACGCCAACCUGGGCGCCUUCAGCGCCAGCAUCUUCGCGCCUUCCAAGCCUCAGCGCCGCAAGAGCCCGCUGGUGAAGCAGCUGCAGGUGGAAGAUGCUCAGGAGCGCGCAGCCCUGGCUGUGGGCAGCCCUGGCCCAGUCGGCGGCAGCUUCGCCCGCGAGCCCUCCCCGACGCACCGUGGACCUCGGCCAAGCGGUCUCGACUACGGCCCUGCGGACAGCCCCGGCCUCACGUUUGGUGGCCCAGGUCCAGGCAAGGACCGGCGGCUGGAGGAGCGGCGCCGCUCCACCGUGUUCCUCUCGGUGGGAGCCAUCGAGGGCAGCCCUCCUAGUGCGGAACUGCCCUCCCUGCAGCCCUCCCGCUCCAUCGAUGAGCGCCUUCUGGGGACCGGCCCCACCACUGGCCGUGACCUGCUCCUGCCCUCCCCCGUCUCUGCUCUGAAGCCGUUGGUCAGCGGCCCAAGCCUUGGGCCUUCAGGCUCCACCUUCAUCCACCCGCUCACCGGCAAACCUCUGGACCCCAGCUCCCCCCUGGCCCUCGCCCUGGCUGCCCGUGAACGGGCUCUGGCCUCCCAGGCGCCCUCCCGGUCCCCUACGCCAGUGCACAGCCCUGACGCUGACCGCCCUGGGCCUCUGUUUGUGGAUGUACAGGCCCGCGACUCUGAGCGAGGGGCCCUGGCCUCCCCAGCCUUCUCCCCAAGGAGCCCAGCCUGGGUUCCUGUGCCUGCUCGCAGGGAGCCGGAGAAAGCACCCCGGGAGGAGCGUAAGUCGCCGGAGGACAAGAAGUCCAUGAUCCUCAGCGUCCUGGACACGUCCCUGCAGCGGCCAGCUGGCCUCAUCGUCGUGCACGCCACCAGCAAUGGGCAGGAGCCCAGCAGUCUGGGGGCUGAAGAGGAGCGUCCGGGCACCCCAGAGCUGGCCCCGGCCCCCACACAGUCAGCAGUGGUGGCGGAGCCCCUGGCCAGUCCCCGGGCCCAGCCCCCUGGCAGCACCCCGCCAACAGACCCUGGGCCCGGCCAGGGCAGCUCGGAGGAGGAGCCAGAGCUGGUAUUUGCUGUGAACUUGCCGCCUGCCCAGCUGUCCUCCAGUGAUGAGGAGACCAGGGAGGAGCUGGCCCGCAUUGGGCUGGUGCCACCUCCUGAAGAGUUUGCCAACGGUGUCCUGCUGGCCACCCCACUUCCUGGCCCAGGUCCCUCGCCCACCACGGUGCCAGGCCCGGCCUCAGGGAAGCCGAGCAGCCAGCCACCCCCUGCCCCUGAGUCUGCGGCUGACUCAGGGGUGGAGGAGGCUGACACACGCAGCUCUAGCGACCCCCACCUGGAGACCACGAGCACUAUCUCCACGGUGUCCAGCAUGUCCACCCUGAGCUCGGAGAGUGGGGAGCUCACCGACACUCACACCUCCUUCGCCGAUGGACACACUUUUCUACUCGAGAAGCCACCAGUGCCUCCCAAGCCCAAGCUCAAGUCCCCGCUGGGGAAGGGGCCGGUGACCUUCAGGGACCCGCUGCUGAAGCAGUCCUCGGACAGUGAGCUCAUGGCCCAGCAGCACCAUGCCGCCUCUGCUGGGCUGGCCUCCGCUGCUGGACCUGCUCGCCCUCGCUACCUCUUCCAGAGAAGGUCCAAGCUGUGGGGGGACCCCGUGGAGAGCCGGGGGCUCCCUGGGCCCGAAGAUGACAAACCAACUGUGAUCAGUGAGCUCAGCUCCCGCCUGCAGCAGCUGAACAAAGACACACGCUCCUUGGGGGAAGAGCCGGUUGGUGGCCUGGGCGGUCUGCUGGACCCUGCCAAGAAGUCGCCCAUCGCGGCAGCUCGGCCUGUCCCUCUCUUCACCUGAUGGACAUCACAGGAGAGCAAACACCCCCUUCUGCUCACUUCCCCACUGACAGCCCUGAUGCCCUGUAGCCCCAAGACACUCUGCCGCCUAAGCUCUUCUCGGGCAACGGAAGCUGCCCUGUGUGCCACAGAUUUGAAGCUCAGGAACUUGAAAUGAUUGGCUCUUCUGUACUGCGGCUUUUUCUGGGUGGAGGGUCCAGGACCUCUGGCUUUUUGGAACGUCGAUCCCAGACCAUCCACCUGUUGUACGCUUCCAGUUUUGGGUCUAGCCCUGGUUAUAGACAGAACAUUGGUCUUCUCAGAGCCCCACCGUGGUCUUUGAGGCCCACAUGUGCACCCAACUCCAUUUGUCUUCCACACUCCACAGGUGGAUUGGAAUCCUGCAUGUGGUCUGAAGUCCAUGGUGGCUCUGAGCACCACAGGGACACUGAGUUCCACUGUGGCUCCCAGUUUUACAUCUGUCUGACCCGCACAUCAGGUUUUACUGGAAAAGGUUCAUGGAGACAUAGCUUUGGAAAUACAAAGUGAAGGGGUAUCUGUCCUGCACACUUCUUACCCCUCUGAUGUGCUUUGUGCCUUGGCCUCACACCUGUCAGGUCUCAGCUCCUUCGGUAGAUCACUAAUUAGUGUCUUGCAGAAGACACACUCUCCUACGAUGGGGGUAGAAACCCUGCUCUGGUGACCUUUUGUGGGCCCUGUUCGGCUAACACGUUUGGCAGGGAUCUGGAUACAACCCUGUGUGACUGCAGGUGUUUCAAGGCCAGCUGGGCUUCUUCUGGGACUUGGGCUGACACUUGUUGUGUGACGGCCGGUGCAGGGGCACUGGGGCCAGGAUAUGCUUUGUCCUCGCAGGUCCCACGAAGCUCGGUCACAUGCUUCAGGAGCCCUGAACUCUGCUGGGAGAGCAGGAGGGGCUCACAGAUGAGGGGAUGUAGGGACAUCUGGAGUGUGUUGAGGUCAGAGCUGUGAGUGGAUAUGGGCAGUGAGAAGGCAAAAGGCUGGAGAUGCCAUGACCAGAGAGUGCGCUUCGAAGCUUACAAGUUGUAUCUAGUUUUGUGCUGCUGUUGAGCAUUCUCUCUCUGAAUGGGGCUCCCAGACUGUAAACGCCCCCAGGCCCAGACCUGCCCUGCAUGAGUGCAGUGGCAGGAGGCCCGAGACAGAGGCCAGGACCAGAGCUUGGGCUUCUUCUCGUCUCUUGGCACCAAUGGGCCAACAAGCAGUCAGGCCUGGGAGAGACAUGUCAAAUUAUUUUUGUUUGAUGAUAUUUUUUUUCAGUGUAAGCUGUAUUCCUGGCUUUGUGCUAAGUACUAGGAGUCAAAGAGGGCAGUUAGGAAAUGAGGUGAGAGGUCCUGAGUGAGACCGUGAAAUGACUGGACCCUGAGGUGGCUGGGGGGAUAGAGGAUGAGGACCUUGGUUAAUGCUAGGAGCCCUCCAGGUGAAAAGAAGGAGGAGCUGAUGGUGGCUCCCAGGUCCCUGGUGUGGGGAGGACUAGGGGAAGGGAGAGCAUGUUUGGCGGCCCUUGUAGAGGUCUGGAGCUCAGAGGAGAUUAGCUGGGCCUCACAUGCAGCAUUUUUGCACCCAUCAGCCAUAGCCAAGGGUGGGAGUAGACCACACGGCCCAGGAGAAAGUGGGAACCAAAAGGAGAACCCACAAAACCCAUCUGGGAAGGAAGGGGUGGAGGAAGGUCAGCAAGGGGUCCUGCUACUGCCUUGGUAACUGCAGGUGUGUGUGUGUGUGUGUGUGUAUGGGGUGUGUGUGUGUAUGGGGGGGGAUCAGAGGCUGAAGAGUCACGAGGCAGCGAGACAGUACCACAUUCAGACGUUGGUGGAAGAGACGUCCGGGGCCAUGGAGCCUUGCUGAGCCAUCUGGAGGAGGCUGCCGACAGCAUUCAGGGGUGCCUGGUGAGGUACCGUUUGUUAGAGGGUGGGUAGCCCAGAAGCCCUCUGGAGGCUGGCGGGUGCUGUGAUGUGGCCAUGCCAUGACUGGGGCCUGGCUGGGGAGGUGGUCAGACAGCUGACAGCGGCGAUGGACAGUGACGGGUGUGCAGAAAGGCGUGGAAACUUGGCCAUGGAUGCUGCUGGGAUUCCUGCCCAGGGGACGAUGUGAGCAGUUCCCUUUUCCCCAAAAGGAAGGGGAGGGGCAGGCACCUGGGCCAUGGGGACCUCUCCACACCCUGCUGUGUCCUGGGGCCUUGAGAGUGCACAGACUUCCUUAGGCUCUUCUUCUAGGCCUCCUGCGUGUCCAGCAUGCCUGAGCACCCUUAGGACUGGCUCUCUCUCCCCACUCCCAGCCCAGUGGAACUGGCACUUAAGUGCCUCACUCACGGCACCUCCUGGCAUCAGCCAUAUUCUCUGGCAGGUGCUCAUCUCCUUGCACCCAGCUCCUCUCCUCAGGAGCUGCUAGAGCCAGCUCACCCCUCUGCCAGGCAGGAAGGCUCCAGCACUGGCCAGAAAGGCCUCCUGGAACCCAGACCCUGCUCUGGGCUCAGGCCAAGCCUCUCUAUUGCACUACCCAGCACCCACCCUGUUCUCUCUGCCUUCACAGCUUGGCUGUGGUCCUGCCAACUUUUCAAUAUGCUUCUGUCACACCCGAGGCUCCAGGCACACCCACAUGGUUCCACUGGAACUUGGCCCUUGGGGCAGGGCUAGGCAGGAUUCCCUCCUGAGAUGCAGGGCCUUAGGCUAAGGUCACUGUGUGAGGGCCGCAGUGGGGCUAUCUGGGCACCAUUCCCUCAGCAUCUUACCCAGCAUUGCCCCCGCCUCCCUCUCCCUAGCAAUCACCACCACCUGGGCACCCACCAGGCCCCUGCAACAUUCCCUUGGGUAUCCUCCCCCUCUCCCUUCACUGCUGCCCUACUUUGCCCCAAAGCCCAGGUGGUGCCAGGGAGGACAGGUGUGGUGGGAGCAGGGAGGGUUUCUUCUGGUUGGUGCCUUUUCCCUGAGCCCACCCCAGGUGUCCUUAGGAGCUCCUCUCCAUUGGGGGUUGGGUCGGGGGGAGGCCUGGUCUAGUCUCUUCAAGAGGCUCUGCUGUGGGUCUGAGUGAUUGGGAGGAGGCAUCAGGGACAGAGGCUGAGGAGAGAAGCCAGGGGAAGGUGAGGGAAGUUGGGAAAUUGGAACCGAGGUUGAGUGGGAGAGACAGACCGAGCUGGAUCUCCAGGGAGAGGCUGACCUUGCGCAGGUGGGAGAAGAAAAGACAAAACCUACACUUAGGGGAGGAAGGAUGCUGAAGGUGCCCUGUGCUGUAUGGGACUGGCACCAGUUAGGAUAGCACAGAGGGGGAUGGGGGAACCCAGAGGAGGGUCCUUAGCCCAGCUUAGGCAGGGGCAGGGAGAGGGAGGUGGGAUGGCAGCUGGAGAGAGGUCGAGUGGACCGCAGAGAGUGUAAGGGGACGUGAAGUGUCACCAAGUGCCAAGUGUCUGCUGAGCACUUGCCUCAUAGUGUUCCAAGUAAAGCCAGUGGAUGGGCACCACUCUGAUCUGCCCAUCACAAACGAGAAACUAGGUCACACAAGCAGACCAGGAGUCUACCCAGAUCUACCCAAGUCUGGCCUGCAAUUCCCUCUCCCCAGCGGCUCCAGGUUGGCUCCCUUCCAUCGCACCUGAGCUCCUCCCCCAGUGGGUGUCUGGCCAGGGAGAGCUGUACCUGGCUGCCACACUGUAGUUGUGACUGUGGGCCAUGUGCCUGCCGCGUGGGCCUGGGCUGCUAACACUCUCUCUCAUUGCUCUCUCCUGCCCAUCUGCAUGUGGCUGUUCUGUCUAGCUGCGCGGUGGUCCCGAGCGCCGGCUGUGUAAGUGAGCAUGCCCAUCCCAUGCCUCUCACGGCCACCCUGCUCUCUGCUCUGCUUGGCUUCGUGGGGCUUCUGUCCCACUGACAGCCCCCUGAGGCUUCCCCUGGGCACAACUGGGGAUAAGAACGGAAAGGAGUGGGGGUGGGAUGAGGGAGUGGGUCUUCUCUGGAGGUCCUCCCAGGUCGGCCUCCCGCUGUGGCCGGGCUGGAGAGGGGCUGCAGGUCUGGGGUCCUGUCAGGUGAUGCUGGGUAGUGAGGCACCAUCUGUGCGUGUGUGUGUGUGUGCGUGCGCGCGCGCGCACGUGCUGCUGCCUCUGUCACGAGCAGUCCCCUGUCCUUCCUGCCGCUCCGCUGCAUGUCUGUGGCACGUGUGGGCGCUCCUGCGGCUGUAGCGCGCUGUCCUGCGCAGGGGGGCCGGGUGUCAUGGGCGUGCGCUGCCUCACACCUGUCCUGCGCAUGCAGCUGCUCUGCGUGGGCAUGAAUGCGGCCUGGUGUCCGUCUCUGACUCAUGGGCUUGGUCAGUCUGUGCAGCCACCAGCCUUUACCACCACUCAGCCAUCCCUGAAGCCCGCCCAGGUUUCUCUGGGUUUCCUCAGGAGAGCAGAGCUGUGUGUGGGAGUGGUGAGGGGCAGUGCCAGAGUCUUACCCUCCAGGGCAUGGGUGGAUGGGGCAGUGCCCAGAGCCAGUGUCGGAGGCUGUCAGGGAUGGGGCAGUCUUCCCUUUGCCGAGAAAGGCUGCGUUUCCUCUGGUGGGCUGCUCUUGGAGGCCCCAUGGGGCGAAGGGGGCCACUGGUUUUACCUUCUCCCCCAGCAGGGCCCUGGCUCUGACCCUGGGGGCCAAACAAAAUGGCCGCCGUAAUCCUCGGAGCCCACCCGUCUUUCUUCCGGUGGCCCUAAGGCUACCCAGCCCCCAGGCUCCGCCCCCAGCGUCCUCCCGGCCAUCGGCCGCGCUCCCCUCCGCCUGUCCCUGCGUCUCCUGGCGCCCACCCACCCUCCAGCCCCAGUACCCAACCCCAGGCUCCGCCCCCAGCGUCCUGCUGGCC